AUGGAGAAAGGCAAAGAAAUAGCUCAUUCUUCGGGGGUUGAAAAAGGCAAGGAGGUUGACGUCGAUGAAGAGUAUUUCAAAGAAAGAGAUGAUGAUAUGACAAAUGAGCAUCAAUUAGCAUUUGAUUCGAUUAAGGCUUAUUUAUCUAAGGCUCCAAUUAUGGUGAAUGCUCGUCCAUAUGAGCCUUUGAAGUUAUACAUUGCAGCAUCUAUAAACACAAUUGGGUGUAUGUUAACCCAAGAUGAUGAGAAUGGCCAUGAGCGAGCGGUUUAUUACCUUAGUCGGGUGUUAAAUGAUAUCGAGACAAGUUUUCCAAUGUUACGAGGAUGUUUAGGAAAAUGGAUACUAGCCCUAACAGAGUUUGAUUUACAAUAUGUCCCAGCCGAAGCUGUGAAAGGUCAGGUCAUUGCAGAUUUUCUUGUAGAUAAUUCAAAUAAUCUGAAUGACCAGGGGACAAAUGCAUUACUUGUUGGUUGGGAGCUAUACUUGCAACGAGGUUAUCUCUCCUUUACCGAGAAGGAAUUCUUAACCGACAGUUUUUCUCGCAUCAAUGGAUCGAAGCAUAAAGAUGGUGCAGGAGUUGGAAUUCUUAUUAUCUUACCAGAGGAGAUUCCAUCAGAAUUCUUGUUUGAGUUAAAAUAUCCUUGCUCGAAUAAUGUGACAGAGAUCCAUAAUGAAAUUGCUAAUGAAUUAGCCAAAAUUGCUUUGAGAUAUAGAAUCGGUCCAGAAACUCUUAAAAAAUUGGCUAGUGUCCAUCAAAUAUUCGUGCCUGCGAAUGAAAAAGAGGCAUUGCGCAUAGAUGAAUGGGAAGAUACUGACUGGAGAAAGCCUAUUGCUGAAUAUUUAAAGAAUCCUAGUAUCCCAGUUAAAAGAAAGAUAAAAUUGCAGGCGAUGAGUUUUGUUAUAAUGGCUGAUGAGUUGAAUAAGAAAGGAAUUGAUGGAAGUUUGUUGAGAUGUUUAGGAAAAGAUGAUCAAAAUAUUGCUUUGGGCGAAGUUCAUAAAGGGAUAUGUGGUGCUCAUCAAGCUGGGAAGAAGAUAAAAUGGGUGUUAUAUCGCAAUCACGUGUAUUGCCUAUAUAUGAUAAAAGAUUGUAUUGAUUAUGCAAAGCAUAAAUUUAUCUUGGUAGCAAUUGAUUACUUUACAAAGUGGGUUGAAGCGGUUCCUCUGAUAGAAUUUGGUCAAAAUGAAAUAAUAGACUUUAUUGAGGAACAUAUAAUUCAUCGAUUCGGAAUUCCUCAAACAUUGAGCACUGAUCAAGGGACUAUGUUUACUGGUCAGCGAAUUAAAAAUUUUGCAACUUCAAGGAAUAUCAAUAUGGUUACCUCAACUCCUUAUUAUGCACAGGCUAAUGGGCAAGUGGAGGCAGCAAAUAAAAUUCUGAUAAUGCUACCACUAGAGAUUAAUUUGAAUAUUUUGAGAGUGUCGAAACAGAAUAAUUUGCCAGUCGAUGAUUACUGGAAUGCAAUGUUUGAUGAGUUGAAUGAAUUAGAUUCAGAGCGAAUCCUAGCACUUGAGAGUAUGAUUCGACAAAAAGAAAGUGUUGCUCAUAGUUAUAAUCGUUGA